GUCAGUGUCAGCCGAGGAAUAUCAAAUUGUCACACUAUCACUCCAGCUCAGAGAGGAAUAUCAAAUUGUCGCACCAGUAGUCGGGCUGUCACUCCAGUCGAAACAGAACACGUCAGCAGUGUCCCCACAUCAAACCUGCGGGCGACGACCAUCCGCAGUAGCGUCAAAGGAAGUCAUGCAAAGUUAAGUGCAGCCAAGGUUGAACUGGUGAUACCUUCGCCCAUGCAGCAUCUACUGAUAAAGGUAAACAGCAGACAACAAGUUCAAGGCAGAUUCCAAAAAAGAAGCCCCAACAAGCAGCAAAAGAAACUUCAGCACCCCAGUUGA